AUGCCCGCCGACAAGCGCCCGCUCCCGCCGCCCGCCUCUGGCGACGACGGCUCCCACGGGCACGCCGCGGCCCGCCACGCCGCCGCCAGCCGCGGCCGGGGCGGGGCCUCGCAUGGGCCGUCGGAAGGCGGGCCCGCCGCGCGUCAGGCGAGGGUGCCGCCGGGGGAGCCGCACUACGGCGGUGAGACGAACGGCACCGCCGGUAUCUCUGUCGCUCGAUGCCCACGCGCAUCGCGUUCGGCGCCGCGGGCUGUGCGUAUCUCUAAGGGGUCUCGUCCGUGGUUGAUUGGUUCCGCAGAUCCCGACGCGGAGGGCGGGCGCGGCGGAGGGUACGGGAGCGGCGACGAUAGCGACUCGUCUCUCAGCGCCGACGACGAUGACGACGGCGACGCCGAGUUUGUGCUCGUGAAAUUAGCAGAAAUCCGAAAAGAAGUCCAGUGCCCAAUCUGUUUAGGCAUUAUCCGGAAGACAAGAACGGUUAUGGAAUGUUUGCACCGAUUCUGCAGGGAUUGCAUUGAUAAAUCUAUGAGGCUAGGAAAUAAUGAGUGUCCAGCAUGCCGUACUCAUUGUGCAAGUCGACGUUCUUUGAGGGAUGAUCCUAAUUAUGAUGCACUUAUUGCAACCUUGUAUCCAGAUAUUGAUAAGUAUGAGGAAGAGGAACUUGCUUUCGGUGAAGAGGAGAGGACUCGGAAUAAGAAGAUUCAAGCAACCAUCGAGGAGAUGAUUCGAAAGCAGUCGGAGGCCCUCGGUAAGAAGCGUCCUACGGCAAAAGCUACUGCCAGUGCUUUUGCAAGGAAGUACAGGAGAAAUGUGCGUACCCGUGGGAGAGGUAGAACGGUUGCUCGUGAUAUUGCCCCUACUGGCUCUGAUGAUGAGGAUAGAGAAGAAGAAAAUGCUAAUGUUGAGAGCAAAGAGUCGCCUUCUCCUGAUAACCAGUCUCCAGAUUUAAGGCAGAGAAGAGGUAGAAAAAGGCCUGCACCAACACCUUCUCCUGCUAGAACCAUUGCCAGUAGUGACCACGGAUCUGAGGAGAAUGACGAAGUAGUAUCUCUAAAAGAAGGUUUCACCACCUCUCCAUUGCGGGGUGAGAUGCUCGCAUGGGGAAAAAAUGGCACAAGAAGCCAAACUCGGUACAACAAUGCUGGUGGAACAAACGGCAGGCUGGGGAAGGGUGGGCGUUUCGCGAAGUUGGUGGACCACCUCCGUGCAACUGAUGAAAACAAGGAGUUCAACUUGUAUCUUGUUCUUCUUCCUCUUGAUGGACAAACAACGCCUAACUUGGAAAAGCCCUAUCUAAGUUGUCGACCAAGGGUGUCCAUUCGACAUCUUCUACAGUUCAUUGCUCUUCAGUUGUCUCGGCAAGUUGAAGAACUUGAGAUGUAUAUAAGGGUGGACCUCCACAAUAGAAGUGUUGCAGUGAAGGACUCUGGUUCUGCUGAGACAAAACUGUCUCUCUUUGAUGGCUUGGAAAGAUUGAGGGAAGACAAGCUUCUGUUGGACCUUCACCCUUCAUUUGCCUCUGGUAAUGGUGAUCUGGAAUUGAUAUAUGCUCUGAAACGCCAAGGCUAG